AUGAGAACCGGUAAAGGAAAUCAAGAGGAGGAAGGGUACGGUGAAGAAGAUUUCGGCUUUAAACGGGAAGGUCCUUCCGCCGCCAACAGAGAUAUCUUCAUGCGUAUGAUUCUGAGUGUUGUAUUGGGUUUUGGUAAGAAAGUUGGUGAAUUGAUGAUGAUUCGUGAUCCGAGUGAAGGUGCAAGAUUUGGUACGGCCUAUUUCCUUACUCUAAGUUGA